CCGAGCUCGCUAUGCUUUGUUUACUUGGUUGAAGAACGCGUGUACUAAUUUCAGCAUAGUAGUAUUAAUGGCAUUCUUAUCUUGCUGCUUUUCACUGCCAUCACAAGGUAAUGCUGAAGCAGAAACACACGUGGAGAAGCAAUGGCAGGGAGAUGGUACAACACUCAGUCUGGAAGAAAUUAUCAUUGGAAGGUGCUACAAUUACAUCAGAGUGGUGAACCCCAGCGUAGGUGAGAAGAACUGUUCUCAGAUCUGGGAGGCUUUCAGGGAUGCUUUUAUCUUCAAGGACCCUUGCAAGGUGUUGCCUAAGGACUAUGAGCCUUUUAUUAGACUAACUGUUCACGAUGUUCCACUUAACAAGUCAUUAUUCUGGGAGAACAGUCAGCUGCUCGUGGGGAGAUAUGCCGACAACACAAAAAGGAUGAUGCCUCUCGAUGGAACUCUGAUGGGCUGGCUGGCUCAGGGGCUGGCCUGGUGUGGACAUCCUGGAGGCACAGGUAUGAAUUACAAGUCAUGCCCCACCACUGAUGAAUGUGAACACAACCCAGUUGAAUCUUUCUGGAGGAUUGCAUCAGAAGCAUAUGCAAAACUGGCUGCAGGGGUGAUACAUGUGAUGCUAAAUGGCUCUGUUUCAGACGGGGCGUAUCCUGUAAACGGCUUUUUUGCAAAGUUUGAACUUACAAAUUUAAUAAAAGACAACAUUUUGAAUAUACAAAUCUGGGUUAUGGAUGAAAUUGAAGGUCCAGAUAACGAAUCCUGUGGGUCAAAAACGAUAAAACUCCUGGAAACCACCUUACAGGAAGAUGGAUUUCAGUACACCUGCACUGAUAACUAUAAGCCUGUGCGGCUCUUACAGUGUGUGGAUUUUCCUACUCACCACGACUGUCUCUGUGCUCAGUAAGAAUUAAAGCAAUUUGAAAUCUA